CGGCCACGGCACCAGAAGCGAGUCGAUGCGCCUCCUCGUAUCAUGCUUCGACGAAUGAUCCAUCGUCUCUCUCUACCUUCUCUCUCUAAACCUCAAGCGCAGGUGGGGCUGGCGCCGCUGUUCCGGCGACUGCGGACGGCUCAUGGAUGCACAAUUACUCAAGUAAACCGGAUAUUCCAGAAUCAUGUGGCACUAUCGUCAAGUAGGAAGUUGCAGUGUGGAUUAACUUUUUCUACUAGUGGAGAUUUUUCGGCAAAGAAGUGUGUGCCAUGCGAUGCAAAGGAUCUGAGGCCCAUGACUGAAGAAACAGCCAAUGAACUAAUUUCUAAGGUACCUAAGUGGAACCUGGUGAAUGAAAAUGGUGUUCUGAAGCUGAAUCGUUCUUGGAAAGUGAAGACUUUCCUUAAAGGACUGGAGUUGUUCAGGCUUGUAGCUGAAGUUGCAGAAUCAGAAGGUCAUCAUCCAGAUCUGCAUCUUGUUGGAUGGAAUAAUGUAACUAUUGAAAUAUGGACACAUGCAGUUGGUGGGUUGACAGAAAAUGACUUCAUACUUGCUGCUAAGAUCAAUGGACUGCCCCUGCAAGAUCUAUUGAGGAGGAAAGCCAAGAACUGAUAUGCUCUAACUAAGAGACUCCCUUGGUACUGUGUUACACAUGUUUUCCUCUAUACACAACGUUUCGUCAUCAUCGAGUCUUCGGUACUAUAGUGUCUCAAGGAUUGUAGAUGGUGAUAGUUUUGUGAAAAAACUUAACUUAUAAUAAAAUUGCCUAGUACUCGGAUACAUUUCAUGGAGCUCAA